UAGAACAAGUUUGUAUUGUUUUAAGGUGUUUUUUUAUAGAAUAUUUUGAGAAAAAAUUGAAAAUAUGUAGAAUACUUAAGAACUUUUGGAUUGUAUAUAAGUGCACAUUAAAAAGAGGAGGCCUUGUUCCAGUCGGGAGAUGGGCGAGAGCUGUGGUGUGCGAAUGUCAUGCUAGUUCUGUUAAUUGGACUGAGGUCGGCCGAGCUUUGGUGAAAAGAUUAGGGCAUAAAGGUGUGGUGACUAUCGUCCCCUUCUCCGAUGGAAAAGGAUUAUUUUUUGUGGAAACCAUAGAGGAAGCUUUAUCACUCCAUGAUUUAAGGUUUAUCAAGAUCAAGGGUGGGUUUACAGUCUUGUUAAGAAAAUGGUCGCCAAAGGAAAAUUCAAUAAUAAAGGGGAAAUUCAGAGAAGGUUGGAUAAAAUUAUGGGGUUUGCCAUUUCAUUUACGGUAUGAGGUACAUCUGAAGAAAAUUAUGGAGCAGUGGGGGAUGGUGACAGAGAUCGAUUGGAGAACGAUGAAACUGUUUAAUCUUAGCAAGGCAAGGGUGAGAGUUGUAAUGAAGGAACGAUCAAUUCUCCCAGCUUUAAUCGAGGUAUUAGAUGGGGGAUGGGAGUUCACAGUUUCAGUUGCAAUGACUGGAGAGGAAGACGUUAGGUGAGGAAGAGAAAUGGGUGAGUCAACUCGGCAGAAGCUUGGACCUCACUCGUGGACAGGUGGCAGAAAGAGGGCUGAGGAGGCUAAAUCAACGGCUGUAGGUAGGGCUUCUGAUGGGGCAGUUGGCAGAAUGAAGGAGGGAAAAGUUUGUCAAAAGGUUGAAUUUGCUCUUGUGGGGACACGUGACAAGAGAAGACCGACAGUGGGGAACAAUUGGUCCCAACCAUCCCAAUCUUUCAGUUUGAAUUCAAAUAUUCUGAGAACAGGGUAUGUCGGGCCAAGGCAGGAUGGAGAUGUUUGGGCUGGAAGGGACAAAGCCCAAUCAACUGUUAAGGAUAGGCUUUGGGCCUCCAAACAAGGGAGAAGAGCCCAAUCUUCUCUUAAGCCCAGUCCACGUUUGAAACUAACUUGGGCUGGAAGAGGGGAGUUUCUUUAAUUGGCCCGCUUUCGUUGUUGGGCCAAGAAUGGGGAGGCAAACAACCCAUCUCUGCGAAGGGCUCUUUACGUAGAGAUGACCCCUUUGCAAAGGGAAAGGGGAAGGUAGGCUAUGAGGCUUCUGAAGCUCAAUUGAGGGGUUCCGUGUUGAAGUGUGGUUCAAAGAAGCUGUGGAAUGCCCUGUUCCCUCCAAGUUCUGGUUGCUAACAAGGGAGUCGAAGUCGAAGCGAGCCUCUUAACGCUUGAGAGACCGUCGUUAGCUAGCAAUGAUCUUCCAAAGGAAGAUUCUUUCGAAGUGGGAACACAGUUGGAACGGAGCUUCAAUGCGAGUCCAAGUCAUUUGUCAGGGAGUCGAAAAAGGUGUUUCGGGGAUUGGGAAGGAACGUCGCCGCCGAGUGGAGACGCGGAUCGAAGGUCUAUUCUUAAGGCUCCUUUUCUUUCAAAAGGGAAGGAGAAAUUGCGCAACUUCUCUAAAGGUGAAGAUAGAGCAGGUUUUAAGGGUUUUGCGGGUUUUCCUCAUCGUGGCUCAUCAGUCGCGGUUUUUCCUUCUUAUCCAGUAACCAGAGAAAAAGGGUUCAACUUUGUGGGGUCUUGUGGAAUGAUGGUAGUGGAAAACCUCGAGGUAUCUUCUUAUCAACAUUCUCAGUCAUCUCUGUCUCUUCUUCCCCCUCCCUCUGGCUUGGCUCUUCCACACCUGAGUCCUUCUGUUCCCGUUCUUCCCAAUUCAGCCAUUCAGUCUCAGUUUCCUACGAAACCUUAAGUUAUAUAUGAAAUUUUUUCCAAAAAAGAUGACGAUGGGGCUUUUUGUCUUGGGUCUGUUGGCAAUCCUAACUGAGAUGUUGUGGUGUCCCAGUUAGCUAGUCUAAACCAUUUGUCCGAGAGUUUUAAAUCCUUUAAGUCCAAUCCCAACUCGCCUCUUGGGGCCCCCAACUUGGUUAUAGUUUGCCAGGGUGAUGUGGAACCCCCCCCCCGAUGGGUGGGUUCCAAAUUGAAGGCCUUUCCCCAGCAAAAUGACCAAAGUCUGUGAGGUCUUAAGUUCUCUGGACAUUAAGGUGUAUUCAAGGCAGAAGAACAGAUUUUACACAGAUAGUUGAGAUCUGUUGGCGUUGGUUUGGAGGUUUAGGGUCAGUGAGGUGUAUUUAUGAAAAUCAUCAGUUGGAAUACUAGGGGUUUGAGUUCUAGGAAAAAACGAAGGGUGGUUACGGAUUUUUUUAGGCUCGAGAAUCCGGAUGUAGUGAUAUUUCAUGAAACAAAAAGAGAGGUGUGCGACAUAAGGUUUGUAGGUAGUGUCUGGUCGGUUAGGAAUAAGGAAUGGGAUGCUCUUCCGGCGUGCGGGGCUUCGGGAGGGAUUUUGAUCAUUUGGGACUCAAAGAAAUUGAGCAGUGAGGAGGUGGUAAUUGGAUCUUUUUCUGUUUUAAUCAAGUUUUUGUUGGAUGGAUGUGGACCCUUAUGGUUGUCCGCAGUUUAUGGCCCAAACAAUCCCUUAAUUAGGAAGGAUUUUUGGAUGGAGCUGUUUGACAUUUUUGGCCUUUCUUUUCCAUUAUGGUGUGUGGGCAGUGAUUUUAAUGUUAUAAGGAGAAGUUUAGAAAAAUUAGGUGGCUCUAGUUUCACUUCUAGCAUGAGGGAUUUUGAUGGUUUUAUAAGAGAUUGUUAAUUACUUGAUCCCCUCAUACGGAAUGCCCCUUUCACUUGGUCAAACAUGCAAGAGUCACCGAUGUGCAAGAGAUUGGAUCGGUUUCUUUAUUCAAAUGAAUGGGAGCUUUUCUUCCCUCAAAGCCUUCAAGAAGUUCUUCCUAGAUGGACAUCCGAUCAUUGGCUGAUUGUUUUGGAUACCAAUCCUUUCAAAUGGGGCCCAACACCUUUUAGGUUUGAGAAUAUGUGGUUGCAACAUCCAAGUUUCAAAGAGUGCUUUAGUAGUUGGUGGAGAGAAUUUGAAGGCAAUGGUUGGGAAAGUCACAGGUUCAUGAGGAAGUUACAAUUUGUUAAGGCAAAAUUGAAAGAUUGGAAUAAGAAUACUUUUGGAAUGCUAAAGGAAAGGAAAAAAAGCAUCUUGGAUGAAAUAUCUAACAUUGAUGCCAUUGAGCAAGAAGGGGUUCUCUCUUCUGAUCUUUCUGCUCAAAGAGUUUUAAGAAAAGGGGAGCUAGAGGAAUUAAUAUUGAGGGAAGAAAUUAAUUGGAUACAAAAAGCUAAGGUGAAAUGGGUUAAAGACGGGGAUUGCAAUUCAAAGUUUUUUCAUAAAGUGGCUAAUGGCAGACGAAACAGGAAUUUCAUCAAGUUUUUGGAGAAUGAAAGAGGUUUGGUGUUGGAUAAUUCCGAGAGCAUCACAGAGGAGAUCUUACUAUAUUUUAAAAAGCUCUACUCGAGUCUUCCCCGAGAGUCUUGGAGAGUCGAAGGCAUAGAUUGGUCCCUAAUCUUAGAAGAGAGUACGUCUAGGCUGGAUUCCCCUUUUUUCGAAGAAGAGAUCUUUAAUGUCGUUUUUUAGUUAGAUAGGGAUAAGGCAUCAGGGCCUAAUGGUUUUACCAUAGUAGUGUUUUAGGAUUGUUGGGAGGUGAUCAAGGAAGACUUAGUGAGGGUGUUUGCAGAUUUUCACAGUAACGGGAUUAUUAAUCAAAGCACUAAUGCCUCCUUCAUAGUUCUUUUGCCCAAAAAAAGUCAGACAAAGAAGAUUUCAAAUUUUAGACCUAUUAGCUUGAUCACUUGCCUAUAUAAGGUAAUAGCCAAAGUUCUAUCAGGGCGAUUAAGAGGAGUACUACACGAAACUAUCCACUCUACUCAAGGUGCUUUUGUUCAAGGGAGACAAAUUUUUGAUGCGGUUCUUAUAGCCAAUGAGAUAGUGGAUGAGAA